GCUAUCUUUUUCUCCGGUAACCUUGUCAACAAGAAUCUAGUCAGUUAGCAUAAAAUUAACAACUCGUCAUGAACACUUUGAAUACUUUGUCCACUUUGUACCGUGAAAAACUUUAGUUUUUAGGUUUGACGUUUCCUAUUUGACGCAAAGCUAUUUCCGCAGACCACUGGAGCUCCGCCGGUGAGGUCGCCUGCAGGUGCGCGUGAACCUGACCUUGUGCCUGCCGCCAGGUGCGCGUGGCCCUGCUCUCGUAAAUGCAGGCAGACACUCUUCAAUCCAGCUGCUUCGUCUGUGACCGUACAUCUGUCCUCUUCCAAACAUGGCGGGUUACCUGAGAGCUCUGAGCACCGUGUUAAGGAGCGCGGCCGCUCCGCUGUCAUCGAGCCCCGCGGCGCUAUCACCAUCUGCCGUCUGCAUUAAAAGACAGCAGCAGAGGGACUAUUCAACAAAGCGCAUCAAAGUGGACCAGCCGGUGGUGGAGAUGGAUGGAGAUGAGAUGACCCGCAUCAUAUGGGAGUUCAUAAAAGAGAAGCUCAUCCUACCAAAUGUGGAGGUGGAGCUGAAAUAUUUUGACCUGGGUCUGCCCUAUCGCGACCAGACGGACGACCAGGUCACCAUCGACUCGGCUCUGGCUACGAAGAAAUACAGCGUGGCCAUCAAGUGUGCCACAAUCACGCCUGACGAGGCCAGAGUUGAAGAGUUUCGCCUUAAGAAGAUGUGGAAGAGUCCCAACGGCACCAUCAGGAACAUCUUGGGUGGCACGGUUUUCCGUGAGCCAAUCCUGUGUAAAAACAUUCCUCGCCUCGUUCCUGGUUGGACACAGCCCAUAACUAUUGGCAGGCAUGCCUUUGGAGAUCAGUACAGGGCAACAGACUUUGUUGUGGACAAACCGGGGAAGUUCAAAAUGGUUUUCACUCCAGCGGAUGGAAGUGACCCCCGGGAGUGGGAGGUCUACAACUUCCAGGCUGGAGGCUGUGGAAUGGGAAUGUACAACACGGAUGAGUCUAUCAGUGGCUUUGCUCACAGCUGCUUCCAGUACUCCAUCCAGAAGAGGUGGCCUCUGUACCUGAGCACCAAGAACACCAUCCUCAAGGCCUACGACGGCCGUUUCAAAGACAUCUUCCAGGAUAUAUAUGAAAAGUCGUACAAGCCCGAGUUUGACAAGCUGAAGAUCUGGUACGAGCACCGACUCAUUGACGACAUGGUGGCCCAGGUUCUGAAGUCCAGCGGAGGAUUUGUUUGGGCCUGCAAAAAUUAUGAUGGAGAUGUGCAGUCAGACAUUCUGGCUCAGGGCUUUGGCUCUCUGGGUCUGAUGACGUCGGUGCUGGUGUGUCCUGAUGGCAAGACUAUAGAGGCAGAAGCUGCUCAUGGCACCGUCACCAGGCACUACCGAGAUCACCAAAUAGGCAAACCGACCAGUACCAAUCCCAUCGCUAGCAUCUUUGCCUGGACUAGAGGUCUAGAACACAGAGGAAAACUGGACGGAAACAAAGAUUUAAUAAAGUUCUGUCAGACAUUAGAGAAGGUGUGUGUGGAAAUGGUGGAGAGCGGAGUGAUGACCAAAGACCUUGCAGGCUGCAUCCACGGCUUGGCUAAUGUCAAGCUGAAUGAACACUACGUCAACACAACCGAUUUCCUGGAUGCCCUUAAAAACAACCUGGACAAAGCUCUGGGAAAGUAAACCGAGGACGUCAUCAGAUUUUGAAGAAUUCUCCAUAUUUUUACCUUUUGCCUGAAUGACUGUAUAUGAAUGGAUUGUAUAUUUUUAAUAAACAAUUGUGCCUUUUAUUUUACUUCCUGCUCAGUGCCAGCACUCUUCCAGCUAUAAAUACUUUUGUAGCCUAUAAAGCAGAAAAGGCCACAAUAGAAAUGAAGGCUAAUGUUAACUUAUACUGACUUUGACAGGAACGUUUCAGGCUUAUUUAACCAGCAGUAGUGUCAGAACAGAGUGCAAGUCUGAACUAUGUAUGCAGUAUCAACAUUAAUAUAAAAAAAUGUUAAGAACAAAAUGGUGUUACGUCUCCUUUUUCUCUGAUCCAGAUUAUCGGGGCAAAAAUAUCACAGACAUGUACAGAAAAUUUGACAAAUUGCAGAUGCAGUGUUUCACCAGCAGAUGUCGACAUUACGAAGCUGGUGAACUUUCAGAAGCAGGUUGAGGCCACUGCUGGUGAAGCAGAAUACAUGGUUACCUUUAAUCGCUGACUCUUGCCUGAUCUUAUUAUAAUUUGAAAUAGAUGAAGUUCCUUCAAGGCCGUCUCAACAGACUUCCAAAUGUAAGGCCAGCGCACUUCUCAGAUAUGAAACCAACUUUUUUUUUUCCAUUUCAGUUCAUUUUUUAGUCAUUUGGAGACGACGCAUCUCUAAAAGUUCAAAACAACUGCUGACUCGGAGUUAGGACGGUCUCCUUGUUUUAAAUUAGAUGUCAAAGAAAAUGAAACGCCUGUAUCAAAAAUGAAUAGAAAUUAGCAUUUAGAUGACUUUCAUUUCCAAAUGUUUAAUUUCCUCCUCCUCCCAGAAUGACCCCCCCACCCCCCAAACUCCAUCCCAUCAUUUACAACCUUUAAGGGCAAUUUUGAGAUGAAUGAUCAAUCCUCUCUUGGAAAAUACUUUCUCAGGAAGGAUAGAGUAAUCUCUGAGAAUGCAAAGCCUCCAUUAAAAAGAUCAAAACCAACCUGGAAGAGGACAUAAACAGUAAAUUACGGAGAUGGCAAGGCGUAUCACAAAGUUUCAUCAUUCAUCAUCCAACCUGCCGAAACACUGGGGUUAAAAACAGAGAACUGAAGUUGAAGUUCCCAUGCAGUCUGGAAAAAUAUGGAAUUCUAUUUAGAGACUAGAAGAAUAUGAAAAAUAUUUUUAUUAUCAGACAUUAUUCCAUAUUCAUUAUUGGACUGUUGUCCAAAACAAGUUUCUUUUUUUUUUUUUUUAAAUAGAACACCGAUCAAUCAGAAAUAGUCAGGAAUUAACCAAUUUUCUAUUGACUAGCCCUGUUAGCGUUGACAAAAUUAUAUAUAUUUUUUCCUUGUUCUAUAAGCUGUAGGUCUCUAAAAUGUGGUCAUUUGUAGUCCUUGGAAGGAUUUUGUGUUGCCCUUGACUACAUGUCAAGAAUGGCACAAGAAGUUAAAGCAGAUAGAAAGUUAUUAUUUUGCUUGAGAUUUUCAUCAAUUUAUUUUUCUUGAAUAGAAAAUUUGAAGUGAACCACAAAGUAUUCAUAUUUUAUGAAUCAAGCUUUUGGUUUUCAUUGUAAUUUCAAAGUAAGGAGCGUUUAGACCUGGGUUCACACAUUUGUUAAACUUAGAUCAAUCCAUUUUCACUGAUGCUUUUAUUGUUCAUUUGAAUAAGAAAAGCAUAUAUGAUUUUUUUUUUUUUUUUCCCAAAACAGGAAAACAGAAAAUAUGGCUUUCUUUCGUUUCGGCUCUGCAAAAGUUUAGAGAGCACUUUUCUACUAUAAUAUUCAUCGUCAUUACAAGAUGUACAAAUAGAGAUCACGUUAAACUUAUUUUUGUGUUUUUAGUUGGAUAUUUGUUUAGUUUUUGUGGCUAGAAAUCAUUUUAAAUGUGACAAUUUUUGGUCUUUUGUAGGAGAUAGUUUGGACACCACUGCACUAAAUGAAUCAAAAUUAAGAAUUCCCAUAAUUUUUGCUCUAUAAGCGCAUGUACUUUAGCUUUUACUGAGUUACUAAAGAAAUCUAAUGAAAAAUAGGGACCAAUACUUUACAUUGGAGUAAACUCAAAAUUGCCAUCGGACAGGGAAAUUUCAAUUCUGAUAUCUUUUUUUUUGUUAUUAUUUAUAACCUAAUCUCUUUAGAAAUAGAUGUAAUAAAUUCAAUGUGAAGUUCUAUAUAAAUACUCUAAAAAUCUACUAAACUCUAAAAAAAAGUAUGAAAAACUAUAGAAUUUAGACAAAAAUGUUUUGGAACAACGUACUCAAGUCAGAAAUGUCACAAAAUUCAACACUAUUCUCACAUGUGUGUAUAUAAGAGCAAAGUUACUAUCCUGUUGGUAGUUGGUUAAUUUUAAAUAUUCUUCCAGGUUUUCAUGCUGCUUUAGUUAGAUAUUAUAUUGAUAGCUCUAUAUAAACUGGAUCUGAUAGUCGACGGCUUACUUUGUUUUUAUUUUUUUCUGAACGUUUUCCCAAAAUAUCCAAACUGAAAAGAAAAUGAACGCAGCGGUAGAAUUACAGAGUCCUGAAACUAAUUCUUGCAUCUCAAAGGACAUCCACGAAACAUCUGCGUGUUAAAAUAACCCUACCAGUGAAGCAAAAUCUGUUGUUUAAUAAUAUAGUUUAAUAAUAUUGCCAUAUUUGGGAGUUGAAAGAUUUUACAAUCUUAUUUCCCCAACAAACAAACAAAAAAAAGUUUCAACCCAAAAAAAAAAAGUGCUUCGUAUCAUUUACUCAGUAAUUCAAAAACUAGAGUGAUAUAUUCACUACACAGGAUAGAUUAUUCAUGUAAAGCUAGACCAUGUGGAAUAGAAACGGUGGGUAAACACGCUGCAUGUCGCAGAAAACCUCUGUACAGUGAAAGGGCUUUUACAUGCCAGCAGUUUUUGACCUGAAAUCUAUAAAUAUGCGGUGACUAUUUAUCAAAACUUCAGUAUUUAAUGAGCAACAGGUGGACAGGGUGGAAGAUGAGCCGUAAAAUGUUUCUAGCUGGCACUUUCAGUCCAGAAUACGAUGCCGUGUGAACGAAGAUGGCGAACGAUGACUCUUUUUUUUUUUUUAAUCACAUCUGCAGUGUUUUCUUCUUUUUAAGUAACUGAUACAUACACACAACAUAGAGGUUUUUGACUGUCCAUCAGUGACAGUUUGUGAGUCAGUAAGUCUAGUUAUUAUGUGAAAGGAGCUUCCAGACCACAAUCAGCAGCUUCAGAGUCUCUGCUGAAGGCGGCCGGAGGGUUGAAACGGCUCCUUUGAAGCGCGCCUCCUUCCAGGCCUCCCAUCAUCGUCCGUCAGAUUCUGGAAGGAGGCCCGAGCUAGAAAGGGAUGUAGAAGAAGAGGAAGAAGAAGAAGAAGAAAGAAAAA